GGCGGCCCGGGCGGCGGCGUUGGCGGCCCGGGCGGCAGCGGGGCGGGCUCGGCGGCGCUGUGCCUGCGCCUGGGCAGGGAGCAGCGGCGCUACUCGCUGUGGGACUGCCUCUGGAUCCUGGCCGCCGUGGCCGUGUACUUCGCGGACGUGGGCACGGACAUCUGGCUCGCCGUGGACUACUACUUGCGCGGCCAGCGCUGGUGGUUCGGGCUCACGCUCUUCUUCGUGGUGCUCGGCUCGCUCUCGGUGCAAGUGUUCAGCUUCCGCUGGUUCGUGCACGAUUUCAGCACCGAGGACAGCGCCACGGCCGCAGCCGCCUCCAGCUGCCCGCAGCCUGGAGCCGAUUGCAAGACUGUGGCCAGCAGUGGGUCUGCAGCCGCGGAAGGCGAGGCUCGUCCUUCCACGCCGCAAAGGCAAGCGUCCAACGCCAGCAAGAGCAACAUCGCCGCCGCCAACAGCGGCAGCAACAGUAGCGGGGCCACCCGGGCCAGCGGCAAACACAGGUCUGCGUCCUGCUCCUUCUGCAUCUGGCUCCUGCAGUCACUGAUCCACAUCUUGCAGCUCGGGCAGAUCUGGAGAUAUUUCCACACCAUAUACUUAGGUAUUCGAAGCCGGCAGAGUGGGGAGAAUGACAGAUGGAGGUUUUACUGGAAAAUGGUGUAUGAGUAUGCAGAUGUGAGUAUGCUGCAUUUGCUAGCCACCUUUCUGGAAAGUGCUCCACAGCUGGUCCUGCAGCUCUGCAUUAUCGUACAGACUCAUAGCUUACAGGCCCUCCAAGGUUUCACUGCGGCGGCCUCCCUCGUGUCUUUGGCUUGGGCCCUGGCCUCUUACCAGAAGGCCCUCCGCGACUCUCGAGACGACAAGAAGCCCAUCAGCUACAUGGCCGUCGUCAUCCAGUUCUGCUGGCACUUCUUCACCAUUGCCGCCAGAGUCAUCACUUUCGCCCUCUUCGCCUCGGUUUUCCAGCUCUACUUCGGGAUCUUCAUCGUCCUCCACUGGUGCAUCAUGACCUUCUGGAUCGUACACUGUGAGACAGAAUUCUGUAUCACCAAAUGGGAAGAGAUUGUGUUCGACAUGGUGGUGGGGAUCAUCUACAUUUUCAGCUGGUUCAACGUCAAGGAAGGCAGGACUCGCUGUAGGCUCUUCGUUUACUACUUUGUGAUUCUUUUGGAAAAUACAGCCUUGAGUGCCCUCUGGUACCUCUACAAGGCUCCCCAGAUCGCAGACGCGUUUGCCAUCCCGGCGCUGUGUGUGGUGUUCAGCAGCUUUUUAACUGGCGUCGUUUUUAUGCUGAUGUAUUAUGCCUUCUUUCACCCCAACGGACCCAGGUUCGGGCAGUCACCAAGCUGUGCUUGUGAGGACCCAGUCGCCGCCUUCACUCUGCCUCCAGAGGUGGCCACGAGCACGCUCCGGUCCAUCUCCAACAACCGCAGUGUCGCCAGCGACCGCGACCAGAAAUUUGCAGAGCGGGACGGGUGCGUCCCUGUCUUUCAGGUGAGGCCCACAGCCCCGUCCACCCCAUCGUCUCGCCCACCACGGAUUGAAGAAUCUGUCAUUAAAAUUGACCUGUUCAGGAAUAGGUACCCAGCGUGGGAGAGACACGUUUUGGACCGAAGCCUCCGGAAGGCCAUCUUAGCCUUUGAAUGUUCCCCGUCUCCUCCAAGGCUGCAGUACAAAGAUGAUGCCCUUAUUCAGGAGCGGCUGGAGUAUGAAACCACUUUAUAAAAUAGAAGGCUUUGGAGGGGCCACAACCUCCAGGUGAAGGGGUGACAGCGGGGCCGUGGCAAUAAUGAAACUCCGUCCUAGACCAGGGCAGAGAGCUGUAAUGCGCUUAGUGUGACCGCCCAUCAGCUGGCUGCCCUGCUGUGGUCUCCUUUCCAAACAGCAGCUGAAGGGAACAUGGCGGCUUAGGAGGACUUCUCGUUGCUACCAGCCCUCCUGUCCACUCUCAGCGUGUCCACCAGAGGGUACAAUUAUCACGGAAAAUGUUGCCUCCAAUCAAUAGGGUGUUUUGAUGGAGUCAACUGAUCUUUGCAGAAAAAUCUAUUCAGUCACACACACACACACACACACACACGCACACACGCACACACCUGCUAAUACACACAUGGCACCAGUCCUCUGUCAAAACAGCUUAGGUGAUUUUUCUUGAUGCAAAGCUCUGAUUCUGAAUAUAAAAACAAAGAGAGAGAGAGAGAGAGAGAGAGAACAUAUCCCUCAAGACUCCAGGAAAAAAACACAAAUAGUACCACUUAGAAAAGAAUUCAUAGACCAUUCUCAUUCGGAAACUGACACCAUGUGUGAAAAUCCUACCCAGUGGACAGCAAACUCAACUGUUGUUUACAUGUGUAUUAGAAUCAAUGGAAUGGUUCGUUUUCCACACAUUUCAGGAUUUGUCUUUUCGUUUCAAGUUUCCGUUGAGAACAUCCUUCCUGCCAGAAAUCCUAUGCAGCGCAUCUGUGGCUUUUGACAAGGCCAAGGAGCUCGAGAAGUUCGGGAGGUACACGAAAUGGUGAUCGCGAGUCAGUAUUCAGUUGCAGACGUGUAAUAAAUCCCUGAAGAGGAAGCACGGGAAAAACAAGGCAAAAACGAGCGUCAGAUUUCCCGGCCUGUGCGGCUCACACUGGCAUGUAAGUGCAGGGGCAGAAGAGGGACAGGCUGACCCGGAUGUUACAAGACGCGGAAAAGCGUGGCUCCGUGUGAGCACGUGCCGGGCCACACCCACCUAGUGCCAAACACCGUCCAACCACAGGACUGACGUGCAAGUCCCAAACACCUGAGAACGAGUGGCCUGAGCCCCCCCCCGCCCCCAAACGCGGACGUGAGAGUGCACCAUCAAGUUCCCCACUGUGUACAGACUUUCCCCACCCCCACCCCCAAUCCAAGGUCAAAGUGAUGUGUCUUUUAGAGGCUUUGGGACCCUUUUUAGUAAGUAUGAGCAGACAAUGAAUGCAGUGACCGUGCUACGAGAAAACCCUUCCCAACUGAUUGAGGGCUUAUCACUCGAUCCAGCUAAGAUUUGUAUUUGAAUCGUUUGUAAAGUCGCACUCUUACAACAAACUUCUGGGUUUUAAAUACCUCCGUACAGCAAGUAAACGUUCCCUGCUUUCUGUUCCCAGUGUCCUCGGUCAUGGUGCUUUUUGUUGCAUUAAAAGUGCCGGUCAAACUUUGAUAGUAUUUUUUUAUAGUUGGUGCAGAGUGGAAUAACUCAUGGAUUAUUUCAAUAUUUUUGUAAUAAAAAAAUAUAGGGUAUACAUGUAGGCAUCAUCACUUUUUUUAUAGACCUGGAAUCGUUUAAAAUACUUUAAGCGUCAUCAUUCCUUGGGAUGUCCGAAACUGGUCCACAAAUUCCAUCAGCCUGCCUCAGCGGAUUGAGAACACCUGUCUCUUGGAAGAUCACCCUACUUUGCAAUGUUGGUGCCCCCAGGAACCUGGCCAGGGGUGCUAUCAGAAUAUCAGGUGACAAGAGAAUCAGCUUACCUAGAAAGGGCUUGUCAAGACUGGCCAAUGUUUCCCAGGAUGUGAAAGCUGUAAAUGAUUACUUUCAUCCAUCCAUUAUCACGAACCUGACCACAGUGGAAGAUGUCUUAAACUUCCUUCCCUGGUUUUAUAUUAACCCAAGUGAUAUAUUAAAUAUUAGUCCAAGUCACUAAAAAGAGAGAGAGAGAGACAGAGAGAGAGAGAGACAGAGAGAGAGGGGAAAAGUCCGUUUAACUUCAUUGCUCGGUUAUCUGGACUGUCCAAUCCACUUAAAAUAGUCAAGUUCUAGAGCCACCACCUGUAAUGGGUGGGUCCUACAGAGACUGCUGUCCCCGUGACAUCCACAGGAAAUGGCAGAGCGCUCAACCUAGGACUUCUUUUGGUACAAAGCCCCAGAGCAAUGUUUUCAAAAUAGAUGACUUUUUAUCGCUUGACGUGCUUCCCUAGUACUCCAUGAUUUCAUCCUGCAAGCAAGAUUGCCACUAAAAAACAAUGAUCUUUUGUCCGGAUGUGAAAAGUUUACCCGGUCGCCAGCAAAGGCCCAGGAAGACGCUCUUCUUGUCAGUGACUGGUGAAAACAUUGCGCCCCCCAUCGUGGAAGGAAAACGUGAUUACAUUGGCAAAAACGCUUCAUCUUUGUGCAGGACCAUGAGUUAUUAGCUUCGUUAUUUCCAAGAAGACUUGUAAGUGAUGAUCUUUGGAAACUGAAUGGCUCAGCUGAACUGUACCUUUGAUUUCACGAGUAAAUAACAGAUCACAAUUAUAGCGUCAAUCGACACAAACUCAGCAGGCCCCACCACUCCUCAGUCAUGUAAGUCCUGAGUUAUUUCUCAAUUUGAUCCCUCCUUUACCACGUUAAGAGUCAAAAUGAGUGCUUUGUGAAUCAACAGUGAUGUACUGUGCUUCGUCCUGGAGGUCAGAAUGCAGUUUUAGGAGGGCAUAAGAAAUCUUCAUCUUUCCGUGAUUUCCCCAAUACUGGAAAUACUCUGUUGUCCAACAUACUUGAAGAGUGUGAUGUUUUAGUUAGUCAAAAAUUCUUGCUAAGUAAAUGACAUCUCCACCACAAAUUCCAAACUUUCUUCAGAGUACAAGAACCAAAACCCUCAACCUCCCAGGAAAAUCAUGACUUAAUCUCGUUUCCAUGAUCGAGAAGAGCACGGCAGGGCCCUCAGACUGUGCAGUGACAGGAACUGUUAUUAGAUGCUAGAUACACAGAUGACAGAGAGUUUAAAGUAUUAGGAUUUAAAGAGACAUUGUCAAUGUACAAAGGAACAAAGUUGGAUUUUUGUGCUUGUGUUUUAGUUCUUCCUAAGAUUUCAUUUUCAAUCUGCCGUGAAACCCUCCACGGACAGUAACUGGAGAAUCCAAAAAAGGAACAAUACUCUGGUUAGCGUACAGAUUGGAAGCGCUGGGUUCUUUCUCUGUGGGAUCAGACUUCCUGUGCCUGAGUCUACUCGGAUUCUUGGCCGGGGAAGGGGUCCUGCGCUUAGCAUUCCCUUUUUGCACUGGACCAUAAAAUUUUCUAAAAGAAAAUGUUAUACCUUUCUUUCACUUUCAACUUAGCAUUUCGACAUGAAACCUCAUGUAAGAUUAAAGAACAUACGUAGCGUCACAUACUGAGACUUUUAAGUAUUCGCGUGGAAGAAAACAAAUUUUUUCCAUGUAAGUCACAGUUUGGUCCCCCAUAAUGACUCUUGUCUCUUCAAUUCCCUUAGCCGUUGAUGCUGUCCUACGUAACUAUGUACCGGCUAGUUCAGUGACACUGACUUUGCAGACGCUCAGUUACUACUCACAACCAACAAAAGAAAUUCUCUUACUGACUUGGCAAGCACAUGCAAUUCGAGUAUUAGCACAAUAUAAAAUACAAAGAUAACCUGAAGAGUAAAGUAUAAUGAAGUACAUAUGCUUAAUUCCCAAAUGCCUGAUUUAUUUUUGCUCUAUGAAUAAGUGACGUGAUAGCACUGACCAAAUAUUUUCCUUCUCCUUUUUGGCCCGAGCUGACAGUCCCUGUCUAUAAGACGUCAACAUCCUUGUGAUGUUGUGGGAAAUACCCAGGUGCAAUUUAACGCUUUCAGCUUGAAUAAGCUGUCUCACUCCGGAAAGAUUUCAUCUUUUAAGCAGCUGAAUAGAAUAGUUUUGAAUCAUCUCAAAGUUCCUUUCUCCAAACCGAUUGAAUUGAGCGAAGAAAAACUCUUGUGUCCUCACCAGGAAUUGUGCAAGAUUGCACACUUGCCUUUAAACGCUCCAAAUGCAUUGAGUGGAGCGAGUUCUCCCCCAAUGUGUAGACGAGGAUCCAUUUUUUUUUCCUAAUGAACCAUUUUCUAGACUACAUAUGUGCUUCUCUGCAGUCCCCUACAUCUUUGCCAUUAGCCAUUACUGUUUCUAUAUAAAGCUUGGAUGAUAUGCCUGCAUUUUUAUGUUUCUAAGGAGAAUUCCUUAAAGCCUGUUUACAAACAGCUCAGACUGUCUUUCAGAAGUAUAGCUUGAAGGAUGGUUGAAAUGCACAGCAGAACUGAGGUGGUUGUUUCUAUACAUCCAGCGAUGGAAGCACAUCAGCUCACGUCCCUUUAGCUUCAGCAAUCUGGUGUCACUCCUGAAAACAAGCAAAACGGUUGCUUCUGCCAGCUUGUGACUCAAAGCCCCCCUCUUCCCCAUCUGAAGCUGGGGCAUUCCAACAUGGCUAAGGAUGGGCCAUUCCCUUCUAGCGCCCACCCCCCCCCCCCACCAGCACCUUACCUCCAUUUCCGAGUCUCCGGCCCUGACCUGUAUCAGGCUAUGAAGUGAGCUCAGCCGUUGGGUUGUGUCUCCUCUGCUCACUCAGAGGGGCUGCACUGUCCACGGUAGAGCUUUCUCUGGGCACGCAUGUCCUGUCCAGUCGCCCUCCUAGAAAUGGGCACACAGGAAGACUAGCGUGUGCCUGUGAUCAACAGUCUCAACAGGAUUACUCAUUAGACAGUGAAACUCCACAGAAUGUGGGCGGAAUUGUAUAAAAACACAAUGAGCCAUUUAAUUUUGUUAAUUGUAGCAAUUAGGCUAGCUCGAACACAGGCUGCGCUCACAGCGGAAAGCCAAAAUGGAAGAAAUGGCAAACAGCCAUUUGCCCACAGAAAUGAGGGGUUCAGAAGCUCUCCCUUGAGUGUUUAAGGCAUCACGUUGUUUGAUCAUCCAUCUGUAACUCUUUCUCUAGACUCCAUAAGAAAAGAAAUCAGACUUCUGUUAUAUCGCAUGCCAUGGUCGAAUCCAGAAAUGGAAAACUUUAGUCAACCUGUUGUGGCCUAUGUUCUGCUCCGUGAGGGAUGGUUGGAUGUCCCUGAAAUGUCCAAUUGUUUUUGCUAAAAUAUUUUACUCACACAAAUAGUAUCCUGACCAUAAUACGUCAGAAACACUUGGCAAACUCCAAUUUUUGCUUCGGUGAUUUUUGUUACCCUUAGAUUUUCUUGCAGCUCAGUUCCCCAUAUUGACGGUAACUUACCACGAUGGGGAGCUUACCGUGUACCCAGGGCUGUGCUAAAGAGCUUUACCUGUGCGAUUUCACUUAAUCCACCCAACUAUCUAUGAAUUAAGUACCAUUUACAGAUGACAAAACUUAAGCUGGGCGAUACUAAAAUUGCCAAAGGUCCCACAGCUAGGAAGCCGUGGAGCUGAGAAUUGAACGCGGCUCGUAACACUUUUUAACUACUGCAGAUUUUUUGAGAGGACCAAGGAACAUUUUCCCACCCAAAUCUACUUCUGAUUUGAUAAGCCUUCAGGUGAAAUAAAAUCAUGGUCUGAUGAUGAAAUUUCCCAGAGCAAGUUUCAUUUGGAAGUCAAAGAGGUCUUCCAAAAUGAAAAGUUAAAAAUAAAAAUGGUAGAUAGAUAAGUGCUAUUCUUCCAUUCUAGACAACUGUCCUCUUCCAUGGCCCUACUGUACCCUUAAGGAGGAGAUAAAUAGACGCUGGCCUGAUAGUUCUUCUCUUGUAUUCUAUACAUGUCAUUCUAUGCUGUCAUCUGAGAAAUAACUAAACCCCAGUACUUACUCUGACACUCAGAGAGAGAAAGAAAGAGAGCAAGAAGGAAGGGAGGAAAAGAGGAAGAGAGGGAAGAAGGAAGGAAAGACAGAUCAACAGACCUUUGAAGUGACAUGAUUCUAUCCCAUUGCCAUAAUUUUCCUCUACAUUGUAUGCCUUGCAGUUCCCAAAAUUUGACACUAUUAUGCCAUUGGCUUGACCCAUCAUAUAAAUUGAGGAAUCUUUCCUUGGAGUGAAAGGUUAGAUGUAAAGAAUAAAGCAAAUGUCCACCCACUGUUUGUUGAACUUAUUAUAAAAUACUUGAUGUGCCCUUUCCUUCCUCACUUUUGAUGUAACCUGUCUGAGUUCUACAGGAGGACAGUCAAAAGCCAUUCAAUGACAUUGUAUUUUAAGUCGUUGUUGUUGUUUAAGCGAUGUUGUUGGAAUCGAUGCUAAAAAGGUAGCCAGUAAGAAACCCCAAAUUUUCUCAAUCUUGGUGUUUAUUUUAGAAAACGAUGCAGUGAUCAGUCUGACUUUAAUGUAUGAAAAAUACAAUCUUCUCUCUUCCUACUUUGGUAAGAUUUAAGCAGAUCUUUCUGACGAUAUGUUAAAUUAGAAGUCACUAAUUUUUGUAGAAAAUAGUGUCUAAAAGAGAUCUAAGGGUUGUGUCAAUACAUUUCUUUUAUAGAUGAGACAAUCAAGGUCCAAAGAGAUCAGGUGAUUUUUGUAAUCAGGAUUCCUUCAAUUAUCUGUCCCAUAAGCAUGCUCCACAGGACGAGCAUCGCUAGGCCAAGUACAGAAGGAGUCUCACAUUCCAGCAGCUUGCGCUCUGGUUGUUAGUAGCAGAAUAGGAGUCUUCUGACUUUAACUCUUUUUUUGCUCUACUGCACAGAUUCUUUGGGUAAUAUCUACAUUUCAUUCUACACCAGAGCAAUAAAGACACAUAGAUUCCUCCAUAUUAUAUGAUGUUAAGCCUCACAACAAACAACUGCCACAUACAGUGACAAACAGAAGGUAACGAUAUCAACAUAAAGAUAAAUCAACAAUUGACUAUCUAUAAAGAGAAAAGUAAUUUUAUAAUUGGUUUUUGUGCCUCUCCAACACUGGAUGUCUUUAAAUCAAGGUCACAGCGCAGCAAAGAAAAGUUGAAACACUUUUUUGGCACAUGGCACUUGACUCAAAACAAUCAUAUCCGAAUUCCUUUAAAGGAGAGGCAUGACAGGGGCACUGCCCUGGCUCAGUCUGUGGAGCAUCUGACUCUUGAUCUCGGGGUCAUGAGUUCGAGCCUCAUGUUGGGUGUAGAGAACACUCAAAUCAAUAAAAUUUAAAGAAAAGAUGCAUGACAUUCAGAUGCCUCUAACAUGUCUGAAGGCUUUUCUAAUAAUCUUCAGGAAACAUCCUUAGUGCAUACGACAUGUUUCCAGCAAAGUAGUUUUUUAAGAAUAACAAAUUUCCAGGCCUAAAACUCGGCUAUUGCAACCUGAGAGGUUGGUCGAAAGCCAUACUUCCUGCGCCCAGAAGAGCAACAUUACAUUCACGGGUCAGGACGGCCAGACUCACCUCAUUUGGAUACUCAGUGCUGGCAUAGCACCCAAACUGAGUCUCUCCCCGCAAUAUGGCCAAGUGGUUGGCUUUCCACAGAUGUACGGGGUGUAUCGUUUAAAGAUAACUAUUAAUUUGCAUAACUAAUUUUCUGUAAGUGAAAUAAUUCCAGUCAGGGAAUGCCUAAACCCAUUUGUUCUUUAAGGAAAGGGAAAACACAUAUUAAUUUGUAUGAGCAUUUGUAUGAGCACAGAAUAAUUCGAAGAAUUCUUUGGUGAGUCCCAUCAAGCAUCAAUAAAACAGUUGACCUUAUAAUGGUGGGAGGUCUAAGGUAGGAUUUCUAGGUUCAUGCCACCAAGAGUAGUCCAUUACCACGAUUGCUAUUUCAGCCGUUGCACCAGCCAAGAAGAGUAUAGUUACUGAUACGAUGUUUGCAGAGCAAAGAUCCUGAUGAUAAAACAGAUCAACAUCAAAACUAAUUAAUCAACUUGAUAUGCAAAUAUUACCAGUCCAGUACCAACACACAAUGUUCUCUUGUGUUGUUAUUAAAGCCUGUCACCUAACGCUGUUAUUAGAAUUUCAGAAAAUGUAAGGUUUCGUUUUUUUAUUAUACUCCCAUCUAUCAAAUUAAGCUGGUGACCCUCUCCUCUCUCUAUGGCUUGAUUUGCAUUAAAAUGGAACUAAUCAAAUUCUUAUUUCAGUUAAGUGCUACAAAUAUUAACAAAUGGAGAUGCUGGGCGUUUCAGCUAAUUUAAUUUAACUGUUCUAGUGGCAUUCUGGUAUGGAGUUGUAUCAGAUCAACACUCUUCAUUAUUUCAAAUUAAUUCAUUUAUCAGUGAGUUCUACAACACCCUUAAGUGAGUUGGAAAUAUAGCUCAGGUUUCUCUCAUUGUGAGAAAUUCCUAUUUUGGUUCCAAACCAGUAGAACACAUCGCACUCAACGUCAGCAUUUCAAUCCAUCGCGAUUCUGAAAAAGGAGCACUGGAGUUUGGGUGUGUGGGGUACUGCUGUUAACUUAGCAAUUAACUUUUGACCCGGGCUUUCUAUCCCCCUCCCCCCCUACACCACUGUAGGUUCUUAUUCUAUUCAAAUUAGGAGCAGUAGCACUUGUCAGGUAACCAAAGGAGAUCUGUCAGCUGGUCAAAGAAUUGUCAUUUCAUAUCCUGCUUUCAAAGAAGUAAAAUAUUCAACUUUCCUUAUUAAGCUCUCUAAUGUAUUGUACAUAGAAAAGGAAGUGGAUCGCUGGAAUACGUUUUGAAGUCUGGGGUGAAACAUUUCCCUUGGUGUGAAUCAGAGGCUCUCGGUGCCCCGUGAAGACGACUAAAUCUCUCCCGCUACGAGGAAAGGGAAGGGGGACGAGCCAGUCACUCAGAAAUGUGAGCCUCGACUGUCACAAAGGUGUAUAUUGCUGAUGGUAUCGAUUCCCUUCUUUUUUUUACAGAAACAUCUUGGAACUUGUCAAGCUUUACCGAAGGUGAUUUGCGUUAAGUAAUGCAACAGACCCUUUAAUCUUGCAAACUCUUGACUUGUAAUGUUGUAGCCAAGCAAGGGGAAAUUAAUCAGUUAGUCGGAGAGAGCACUUCCUGCCGUGCUGUGCCCAGGCCUGAAGAGAAAGACCUCUGUGAAAGUAGGAGCACUAAGGAAUUCGUGCUACCUGCUUCCUCAUCAUUCAUGCUAUGAAUAUUCAUCCGCUUCAUUUGUUUUUUCCGGGAAGCGCUGCUUUGAAACAAAGAAAGAAAUUAAGAAAGAUGGUAAAGGAAAAAAGUCAAUGGAUUCCUGGGGCUUGUGUAGCUCUGAGAAUAGGUACUGGGUCACAGAGACUCGUGUUCAAUGGAUACAAAUCUACAUGUGUUUGGAAAUGAAAAAAAAAAAAAUGUCAUUGUCACCUCUUUAAUGAUUGACCUGAGUACAGUGGCCGCCCUUCAUUUGUUGAGGCUACAGUUGUCAGCAGUGUGAAAACCAAUUUCUAAAAAUUGAACCUGUAAUUCAGUUUCGGAGGUAAAAAUCUGCACGGAUGGAACUAUUCAGUAAUUUGGUUCCUGCCUUCCCUGGGUGGUGACCUGGUAAGUUUCAGACCGAGGCGACCGUGUGGAAUUGGCUCUCCUGCUCCUUCUGAGACCCUGCAACGUCUCGGUUACAAGCUAGAAGAUCGUCAAUUUGAGAUUCUUGAUUGCCUAAGUGUUUGCUUCAAAGUAAACAGGUAAUCUCGCAAUUAAAAAAUCACGGUUCUUUCCCACUUGCUUCUCUGUUUUCCAAGAAUGGUUUGAGCUGUAACGGAAGAAUGAAUGUACCUCAGAUGGUAGUUCCAUAGUCUGCAAGAGUCGGGCAUCCGUCUGUUCUUAUAAAGUUUCUGUCUGACCUUUUGGUAGAGCAAUUUUAGGAAUGAACCCCAGAUAAAUGAGUGAAAGCCAUCAGAUUUAUCUGAUAAGCACCCUAACAGAAACAUUUUUUAAAAAAAGAAGCAAGGAUCCUUUUUCUUGUGUUUCAAGGAUGUUUCUCCUUCCUGAGCGAUCAUCUUGGUGACUAUCUCCAAGGUGUACCAAGAGCUACUGAACGAUAGUUUCAGUUAUGGGCUCCAGUAUCGUGCUGAACACGAUGACAAAAGUCAUUUUUCAGAACUAGCUCUUGGCUCAAGCACUGACAUUUAAUGGCAAAAACUGGCCUACCACCGUGUGACUUAUUUUCAAUUGCAAGGCAGUGGAAACUAGUACGUGAAAGGAAAUGUUAAUUUCCUGAACUCCAAAGCCAAAAUGGGCAACAAAGCAACUCUGAAACCUACAAUGAGUUGGUUGACCGUGGGGAACCCGGGAGCAAUAAACAUUCCUCUUAAGCAAGGCUCAUGAGUGAGACUGACUAUAAGCUGUGUUGGGACAGAAGGUGACUGAAGAGGACGCCCACCAGUGGCUCAUGAGGAAUAUUUGCCUUUUUAGAGAGCAGAGGUUCAAGGUAGCACCCUGCUAUUCCAUAACUAUGACGAUAGAUACAUCCAUAUAUGAAGGGCCAAGGCAGAAGACAGAGAAGAUGCCAGGGACUUCAUGUCUGAGACUAACUCAGUCUCUAUGGGAACAGCUCUCCUUGGUCAUUGGCCCCUAUGCUGCUAACUAGCUCUGCAUGCCAAGAGCUUCUGAUGGAUUACAAGAUGAGAUAUUCAAAGGUAUUGUAAGUACUCUUGCUGGUAGAACACGAACCAUUGAAUUAUCCCUCAUUUCAACAGCAACGAGAUUCAGGGUUACUAUGGCCUUACUCAUCAUCCCAUUGUAAAUACGUCAUGACGUCACGAGAGCCUCCAUGUUCAAAUUCACUAAAACAGGUUUCCACGUUCCAAGUCUGUGUCUCUAUCCGCAAAUUGGAAACAUAACUUUGGGAGAAUGAUUUUCAGAAUAAGGGAAGUGAAAAGAGAGUGGACAGUGAAGCAAUUUCUCACCAUACACGAAACCACUUAGAGUACUGAUAGCCCUAAAGCUCUGAUUUUUUUUUUUUCUCAUGACUAAGUUUCCUUUAACUUAGGGGCUUUCGACAUCUGAAUUUUCCGGAUGAUUACUGACACAUCUUCACCAAACUGAAGCAGACACAACGGCAUUGUUAAAAAAUAAAGACUGCCCACAUGAAUGCCAAUAUCCCAAUGAAAAGUGAAGAAGGAGGUCACUCAAGGAGUAAAUUUGGUCUUGGUGAGGUCAAACGUUUGGCUGCUUGGGAAAAUCCAGAUGUUUGAAUGAUACGGUUUUUCAUCUGGUAGUCGGGUGUUGUCUGGAUAGACAGAAAAUGCUCAGGUGUUGUAGGUAAUGAAAUUUAACUUUCUUGUUGCAGUAAUCUGUUGCUGGUGAUAUUCUGCUGCUAACAAUCUCUUUGUUGUGCAAAGAGGAAUAAAUAAUGCAGAGCAAAUGCUAUUUGAUUUUUUUUAUUUACUUUUGGCACACCCAAGAGUGGGAGAGGUUUGGGAGGCUGUCCUGAGGGGGGGGGUAUUCCGAUGUGAUUGAGGCACAGACCUCCCUCACCGAGCCGGUUCUGGAGGCCUGCCACACGGCUCCUUCCUGCCGAGGAAACUUUUUAUCCAGCUCUUUUCCAUCCUUUUAUCUUGCCCCUCUGCUCUUCAUGUAGGUCUUACUCGCUCACAAAGUCUACUUGACAGAAGAGUUCAAGGGAAAUGCAGAGUCGUUAACUUUUUAUUCUUCAAGUAGGAAGUUUCCAUUGCAAGAACUUCUUAGAUCUUUGAAGCAGAAAAAUCAUUUAAACUACUCAAUGCAGUUAUUUCGUGGUGCAUGUUGUGGUGUGGACAGAAGUAAAAGCUAUUUUUCCCAAAUUAUACAAAAUGCACACUUGGUUUGGUUUAUUGAUGUCGUUCUGAUUGCCAAGGACUGACUGGUUACACACAGUGGAAGAGUAGUGUUGUCUUUGUAGUCCCAGAAAACAGAAAAAAAGAGAAAAUGUCAAAGGAAAGUUCACUCUCCAGAAAGAAAGUUUGAGAUAGUCGUAUGACUCUUGUGUUUGUGACUAAUUAGGGACGUUUCCUUCCUUGUUUCCUCUGACUUGGCUCUGGACUAGUGAGUGUGUGUAUUUCAUCAAAUUGGGUGCUUACCUCAUUUUCUAUUCUGAGGCUGGACAGGAAAACAGGCAAGUUAUUCCGACCGAUUUUCUCUUCUGUGAGUUUAAGUUGCGGAACUCGUUCCGAGGCACUGACCGUAAGCAGGCACACAGAGCGCGAUCGAAAGGUCACGAGAGCAUUUCCAGAGAAAAAUCUAAAUGUUUUGUACAUUCUUAGCGUUUUGAUUGCGUCAAAUGCUACAUUUCAGCGCCAACUUAGAACGACUUCGUGGGGUAGGCAUUGCCCAUGUCCUUGUUGGGUCCCUCCUCCCACCACAUGCAGACGUUUCCGAAAUCAAUUGGAUGCUCCACCUUGUGUAGCAAGGGCCUCCGGCCACUGGGUGUCGCUGCUCUGUGCUGACUGUGUUUUGAAAACGCUCCUUCGGAUGGCUGACCCCGUUUGCUAGCCCCCCACCUGUGAAAGCCCUCGGGACCACCGCGCCGCCACUUCCUGUCGCAGGUGUACAAACCAACCCGGUUUGGCUUUGCUUUUCUUUUUCCUUGAGAUUUUUGACUUCGCCAGAUCUUUUCCCGAAUCUUUUUACUUUCAUGUUAUCGACAGGAUAUUUAGUUCAGUGUUUCAGUCAACUGGCAACCAAGAGGCGACAAUCCGUUGGCAACUACAGAAAUUGUAGGUGUUUUGGUUUGUUGUGUUUUCAGUUAUCUUUUAUUAUGUAAUAACUGAAUGAUACUUGUGGUUUGGUAGAAAACUAAAAGUCCCUGAGUUGAAUAUAACGGCUGUUGUAAUUAUACUUAAAUAUAUUCUACGAAACAGUAUCCUUUCACACUAUGAAGUAUACUCCUUUCUGGAGACAAGAAGAUGGAAGGGCCAUGGUCCAGUGGUGGAAACACACACACACACAGGGGCCUAGCAUCUGUGCCCCUUGAGUCCUCAUUCCUGGUCGGUCCCUUCAGCCUCAGAAACUCGCCCUCAGCCUCCUUUUUCCCAUAUGUAAACGAGAGAUAAUCUUUAUCUACCUACCUCAUAGUGAUUUUGUGAAGAUGCGUUAAGUUGGUAAAGUGCGUCGGCACUUGAGUAGCGGUGUCAGCGCAAAGGAGGCCUGUGCGCAGCCCUGAAAUAGGCUACAGGAGGGGGAAGUGGAGGCAGCUUAGUAACACGACAGCAAUAAAUCACCAAGCAGAGAGUACGAGUAUUUGUGAUCACUUAGCAGAAGUGAAACUUUUUCUUCAAAGGUCUAUGUAGAACUUUUUUUUUGUUUUAAUUAUCAGCUUUUAAUGACAAAAAUUAAUUCCUUUCAUACAAACAUUGAGAAGCUUCGUACGGAAGGACGAUUUCCCUCGUAGCCAAGCUGAAUUUUAUGAAAUAGUUAUUAAAUAUAUCUGAAAGACUGGGCUCCUUCUGAUGCCUAAAGAGUUUGCAUGCCUGAUCCCCAAACUACAUUUUCCAGAAUGCCUGCCUGAUACCUGAGUUCAGGACUCACGAUUGCCAAGUGGUGUUCUGGAACCCACUACCAGGAGGGAAAAUUUUUAAUCGAUAUUAUUGAGAUUAGAUUUUGUGUUGUUUCCGGUGAAGUUCUUUUUUGACUCUUAGAUGACACAUCCCUCCCUUUACUACCCAAUAAAAGAAUGUAAAGCCUUAUUUAUGCCUGGAACUUCUGAAUUGGUUUCUUUUCAGAUUAUAAAUAAAUUUCAAGAUUUUCAGAGAAGUGUUUACACAAGGGCUUCAGCUAUAUAUUGAUAUACAUGUAUCCUCAUACAUGCAUAGAUCUGAGUAUUCAACUAUAGGACACAGGAGAUGGUGGGGAAACAACCAUAGAGAACAUCCUGUACGACUUCCCCCAAAAGUCACAUGCUUUUUCUUACUUAAAUAUUUAGUCCGGAUAAGAACUAGUGCUAAAUCACAUAAUUUGGGGUUAUAAAUAUUUAUCAUUUUUCAGUCGGGGCGGUAAUAUUAUAACGUAGGAAUAUACCCAUUAAACUAUACUAACAAUUCAGAUAAUGUCUUAAUGCUGUGACUUCACAAGGAAAAGUUAUGUACAUAAAUACUGUCAUUGUGCCCUUAGUUAAUAAUUAUAUUCCUUUGCAAAAAAAAAAAAAUGCAUGCUCUUAAAAACACGAAAUAAGGUUUCAGAAAGUUUAUCUUGAUAAAUGGGUUUAAAAUCAUGUUGUGCCUAGAACUACAUAAAGGACACAUUCAACAUAAUCUCUUCUGGAUUCUACAAUCUAGUUGCCAGUGGUAUAGCUUAAAAUUUCACAUUGGUUAUACAUUUCUAAUGCAUGGUAUUAAGCUUUCUGGAGCAUGAAUUUAACCUAGGCAAUUGCCUGAUCCACUAAAAAAAAAAUGUUUAUGUUGCCAUGCCACACUUAAGACAAAUACCUUUUUUUUUAGACUCAAAAUAUGAGUAUAGCAAGCGAGUCAAAAUGAUUUGGAUUUCUCUGACUUUUUACCCCCAAGUUCCGCGCAUCAAUAUUUUUCAAACCCAAAGUGCAUCAGAAUAUCCUUGCUUCUGAAGGGAAAUAUCCAUAUCGUUUGUUUUUGUGCAAGGAAACUGAAGUUAACGGGACUGGAUUCAGGGACAUGCAAAUAAGAUCCGGGGUGGCACGUUCUAGGGGGGCUGGCCAGGAUGAGGGGGGCGCUGCGAGAGAAGGCAUCACUGGCAGGCUUACCCCCAAGGUACAAAACAGAAUCUAAACGUAGUAGCUGGACAACUCUUUGAAGUGAUGGAAAUGAAAUUCCUCACCAAAGAGAUGAACACACAGGUGGAGACAACAUGUUAUUAGACAGAAGCUAUGCAUCUAAUUCCGGGGAAAACGAAGUAUGAGCCUCCCCUACUUCACUCUUAAGGCUUUCCAGCCCACAUGGAAGGCUUUAGAGUCUUCCCCAAAAUAGAAGACUUUUUUAGAGAACUACUUUUUAGCAAAGAUGCAUGUGAUUGUACUGCCGUGGACCAGCCAUUAUGUAAUUAUCACAUAUGUGAUGCUUUAUAAAUGUAGUUGUCAACUCUUACGGUCACUUCCAGUAAAUUCUGUCCCAUAAACAUGUGGCAGAAAAUUCUCUUGCUCCAAAGGAAUGCCUGCCAACUUGCUUACAUCCAGUCUUACCCCUCGCAUCUUACUAUCGCAAAACUUUCAUAUCCAGAUGGUAUGGGACGGUGGAAAAAUGAAGCUUUCGGUAAGUUGCUUAUUGAAGGUCUCACCUGAAGCCUCUCUUCAGUGAAGGGGGCAGGAGGAGCGGGGAACCUGGGUGAGAAUCUUGUCUCUAUUAAAUUGUCUCUGCUUUUCUUCUCAGUAACCAGCCAGCUUGGUAGCCUGGAGCGCAAGAUGAUAGGGAAACAUGCACAUUAGGUUUUUCCCAUUCUCAGAACAAGGAGAGCAGCCAGGAAGCCAGAGGUUCCCACGCCUUUGAAACCAAAUAGUACAUUGAAUUUAGGGCUAAGACAAAAAAGAAAAAAAAAUGUGGUAGAGUAUGAGCGACAUCAUCCUUCCUACCGGUUCUUUUCUCAGUUUCUACUGAAUUCUUUUUUACGGUUUAGACCAGAGGUUUCUAAUAAUGAUCACUGAUGCCAUUUUAUGUUAUAGCUUCCAUGCAGAAAUGGUGAAAGCAUGAGUUACCCCCAAAAUUACCGGGAAUACUGACUUUGUCUGAAACUGACACCCUCCCUAGCAAACUAGAAACAAAUACAACUUAGUAUUCUGGUGUCACUACGAACAUCUAGUAAAAAAAUAAAAAGUAAACAAAAGGAGCGUUUUGCUCAGCAUUAAACCAUCGCACAACAUAAACCCGCUUCCAAAUGGCAAGGAUUUUUACUACUGACAUUCGUCCUUCAUUCUGCGUUAUUUUCAGUAACUAAUUUUCACAUCUAACUACCUCAGCUACCGUCCUUUCAUUUAGAAACAUGAAACCAUGCACUUUGUAACCAACAGGUUUUUCAUUUCAAAUUUCAAAAGGAUACUUGGUGCAAAGCAAUUUUCCAAAAUUUAUAUAUGACGGAAGAAACCCACCCUCAGCAGCUUGUCCUUAACUCUGUUUGUUUGUUUCUGAGUUGGAUUGGGGU